AUGAGAAUCCGUACUCUAACUCCUCUUGCAUCCUGUUAUUCGGCUGAUUUUGAUACCAAUAACAAUAUGGAUGCUCAAGUUGUUGCUACGAGUACCUUUGACAUAAUGACAAAAGAAGAGGAAGAAGAAGCAUUCGCGAGACUUCGUUCAUUCUCCAAGCGACUUUCUUCCGCGAGACAAAGUGUCGGAGGUCGUAGACGAAGCAGUUUAGCGGAUAUUGUAUGCGAUAUUAACAUGGUCAAAGACUCGUUUUUCCAAUCGUUUGUUAAGUCAACACUGAAAGUAGUUGCUAUCAUGCGUAAGGAAGAGAAAAGGAGCGCUAAACAAUUAUUCUGUGAUGUGGCGGAUUCAAUUCUUGGAACUUCUCUCCGUGAUGAACUUCUGGAGGCUUUGCCGUCUACUGACAAUGACACAUUCGAAAACGGAAUUCCGAAAUAUGUGCAAAGUCCCGGAUUGAUGGGAAACUCCCUGGCAGCUAUUGGAGCAAGGCAUCAGAUGUGGGAAUCAAACUCUGAUCAUUUAUCAUCGUCUUCUGAAUCCUGUGGUCCAGUUGUCAGUUUUGGUCACGCUCUGCGAUCGGCAAUGGAAGCUAGAGAAGGAUACGACGAGCCAAAUAUGAUGGCAGAAUCUUUUGGUACAUCAAAUCAAGAUUUAACUGAAAGUGAUGAAGCCGUUGAGGAAUCAGACUCCAGAAAAUCAUCAGUAUCUUCUGAAAUCGCAGACAAACUUUGCCGGAUACCAAGAGAACAAGGAUUAGACGCACAAGAUUUCAGAUGUGCAAUGUGUCGGAAGACGAUAGGUGGAUCGUUUUUUGCAAAGUUCGAGACAUGUGCUAUUGACAGUAAAUAUUACUGUCCAGAAUGCAUGAAACCCGGUGGUAAAAUCCCGAUUCCCGCACGAGUUGUAAUGGAUUGGGAUUGGAGAGAACGAUCAGUUUCUGAUAGAGGUCGUGCGUGGUACGAAGCGAAUCAAGAGAAGGCUCUUAUCAAUAUCAAAACUACAAACCCUCGGCUUUACAAACAUGUACCAGCUCUUGAAGAGACACGACAACUCCGCGAAAAGUUGCAUUUAGUAUCCAUGUAUUUGUUCACGUGUCGAGAAUCGGUCGCCGAAGACUUCCGACGGCGGUUGUGGCCAAAAGAAUAUCUUCGGUCUGAUAUCCACCUUUACUCGUUUGCUGAUUUAAUAGAUGUGAAAAGUGGUUCCCUCCUCAGAAGACUGAAACAUAUUCUGAAACAUUCCACAACGCAUGUAAUGUCAUGCACAUUAUGCAAACAGAAAGGAUUCUGCUGCGAACUGUGCACUGUCAAUGAGGUCAUCUAUCCAUUCAACACAGAAUCUACACAUAGAUGUGAAGUCUGUUUCUCAGUAUUCCACGUUGAAUGCUGGAGGACCUCCGGUGAAUGUCCAAAAUGUCUCCGUCGGAAAAACUUUGAAGCCCGUCGAGCACAAGCUGAUGAUCCGAACAACACCCUGCUCGUUCUCCAGCCAUAA